CGUGGAGAUUAAUAUUUUUACAUUAAUUAUUUACAUAUUUUGGACCAUUCUAAUGACCAUAUACAUUGGAAAAAAUAUUUUUAUGUUUGUAUCACAAGACAUCCCUUUGCACAGACUUGAAGUUCAGUUGUUGAACUGGAAGAACUAUGCAGUUGGACCCGAGCCGUGAAGACCUGAGGCUCAAAGUCGGUGAUGUUAUGUCCCCAGGUAUUUCCGGGGUACCACUUCUUCAGGAACCUCCAGGAAUUUACGUCUCACAAGCCCAGUACAGAGCCUGGAAUAACGGUUACGAUGCCACUUUAAGUGCGAACUCCAAUGAGGGGCCUGGAUUAUGCGCUCUUCUUUUAACUUGCUUUUCCUACCUCAUCAUCAUCAUCACGUUUCCGGUAUCACUAUUGUUCUGCGUAAAGGUCGUGCAAGAAUACGAGCGAGCUGUUAUUUUCCGUCUCGGCCGGUUGAUGAAGGGCGGAGCCAAAGGACCCGGCAUCUUCUUCAUCAUCCCCUGCAUAGACACUUACUGUAAAGUAGACCUAAGGACAGUGUCUUUCGACGUCCCUCCGCAAGAAAUUCUUUCCAAGGAUUCAGUGACUGUGGCUGUGGACGCUGUGGUGUACUAUCGAAUCAGUAACGCCACCAUAGCUGUCUCAAAUGUGGAGGACUAUGGUCACUCAACGAGACUCCUCGCCGCAACCACCUUGCGCAACGUCCUUGGCACCAGAAACCUUUCAGAAAUACUAUCCGAAAGGGAGUCCAUUAGUCACGUGAUGCAAUCUAGCCUUGACGAAGCCACUGACCCGUGGGGAGUGAAAGUGGAAAGAGUGGAAAUCAAAGACGUGAGACUUCCUGUGCAGUUACAAAGAGCAAUGGCAGCAGAAGCAGAAGCAGCCAGAGAAGCUCGCGCAAAAGUGAUCGCAGCAGAAGGUGAACAACGAGCCUCACGGGCUCUCAAGGAGGCGGCGGAGGUGAUCGCCGAUUCACCUUCGGCGUUACAGCUCCGAUAUCUCCAGACCCUCAACUCGAUAGCAGCGGAGAAGAACUCCACCAUCGUGUUCCCCCUCCCGAUGGAACUGUUCAGGGGGAUGCAGAAAAAGGUGUAGAGCCGGGGAGAACAGCUCUCCUUUAGAGGAGAAAACACGAUUUGCACUAAUGCGGAGUAGUCCUUAAUUUUGAAAUACAUCCGGAAGAAACUAUCCGUGCGGGAGCGGACUCUCGAUUAAAGUAUUUUUAUCAGAACUGCUUUAGCCUUAUGCAUUUGGGCAUUGUCUGUUAAGAAAAUCACACAAGGAAUGCAUUUAUUCUUUAUCGUGUUGGUAUUGUAUUCGCCUACGUUUAGAACUGCAUUUGGUAUCGUCGAUUGGGUUUGAAUCCUGUACAUAUUUUAUUGCAGGACAUGGAUUCCUCGGGUAUUUUUUUGAGAUUUAUUGAUUAAUUUUGAGAUAUCGAUUGUUGUUUUGACCAUCUGAUGCUAAUUUUUCACCGAUUGGGGCAUUCUGACACAUUUCUUCUGCUCGCGUCUAAGUAUUGUCUGACCGCGAAACUGAGUCACCUGUCCAUCUUUUGAGAAACGAAUCCAUUUCUUAAAAUAGGUAGAGGGGGAAAAAAAGAACUUGUGCCAUAUUUGCGACUUAAGUGACAUUCUGGGGAAAUGAAUGCAUUUAAAAUAAUUCUUCGACUACAUAAAACCAAAAAAGGGGCAUCAUUGUAAAACAAACUAUUCGAAAUUUACCGUCUGCAAUGUUUGUUUUACUACUUUAUAAUUUAUUUCAAUCGAUAUUGCAGUAAAUAUCUUGGUUAAAAUAACAUUAUUUUUUAAUUUGAAGUUUUUCCAUUGAAAUUUAUUUAUUUAUAAAAAUAUAUAUGUUUAUAUAUAUGUAUAUGUUAUGCAUAUGUUUAUUUUAUUAUUAAAAAAAAACACAUGUAAGUUUGAUGAUUUUAAUAUACUAAAGAUUUUUGUUAUUUAGGAGAGAAUUUAAACAAAUGAUUUUUUUAAAUCUCGACACGUUUACAUCAUCAAGCUCUAGAACUGGGAACUCAGUUCUUCGUUUUCCCUCUGUGUAUCGCAUCAUCAUAACAAGAAGUUCCGUCUAGAACUAGACGAGCCUACUUUCCCGUAUACCCAUUCUACUUUCUAGUACCUGAUCAAUAUUCUCAAAAAUAGCUAAAAUCGCAAAUUUUUUCAAACAUAUUUUUUUAAAUAUUUUAAGCUGAUUUCUAGGAAUAAAAUAUUCCUUACUUUUCUUCAAAAAAACGAACAAAUAAAAUAGCAGCACCUUUUAAACAAAGCAGCUAAUACACUUCUUUCCAUUAAAAAAAUUUUUUUAACAGCUUUCAAAACGAAAAAAUAAUAAUAAGUUCAUUAAAAUAAAUACAUCAUAUUAAAAAAUCGUUUCUUUUUCCCCUGUUGCCGAAAAUAAUUUUUUAAACGAAUUAAUGCACUUACCAAAAUAAAAAAAAAAAAAACAAUAAAAUGUCAACUUAAAGAAAUAAUUUUCAUUGUCAAAAAAAAAAAAAAAAAAAAAAAUCGUCUGCGCAUAUUUUUCGAGUUUAUUCACCGAAAACUAAAUACCUAAAUUAAAACUUUAGCGUGAAAAUAAAAACAAAUCAUAUCAACAAUAAUUAUUUCACAGUUAAAACCCCAGCAGCGGAGUCGGAGUCGGAGUCAAUCUCAUUUUGGGAUAAAAGAGUCGGAGUCAAAUAUCCAAGAAUCGGAGUCAGUCAUUUGUCCUCCGUGUAUAAAUGUUUGCCAAAGCUACGAAGUCAGAGUCGAAGUCGGGGAGUCGGAGUCCGAUUAAUUGUCGGGAACAGGAGUCAGAGUCAGUGUCAGGUCCCCCUAAAUUCUCGGAGUCGGAGUCGGGAGUUGGUCGUCAAGAGCUAUUUCCAACAAAGUUUGUUUGAAGUAAAUCCGCCUUCAAGUACGGAAUCUACAUUGACUUUCAGUUUCCCCGUAGGCGCUAAUGUUAAGGGAUUUGAACUGUUCAAAAUUGAACGGAAAAUUGUUCAAAUCAAAAAGAUAUCUUAUAUACAAGUUUUUUAUCAAAAGCUUUUUCCUACAAAGUUUGUUUGAAGCAAAUUCGGCUCACAGUUCGGAAUUGCUUUGAAUUUCCCCGUAGGCGCUAAUGUUAAGUUUUUUUGAACUGUUCAAAAUUGAACAAAAAAUAGUUCAAAUCAAAAAGUGAAAUAUGGGAAUGAGGUGUCCUCGCCGAGAUCUUUCGAACAAAAAAAAGUUUGUUCGAAUCGGACUAUUCAUUCAAAAGUUAUUAGGGGGGGACAGACAGACAGACCGACAGACAGACCGACAGACAGACAGACCGACAGACAGACAGACCGACAGACAGACAGACAGACCGACAGACAUUUUUCCCCAUCUCAAUACCCUACUUUCCAAUUUUUAAUUUUUCAAUAUUCAUUUAAUUAUUUUAUUUAUUUUUGACUUUUUUUUGUUUUUCACGAUAUUUUUAAGAUGCAUUAAGCCUUCUUUCAUGCUUUUUUCUUCUUUUUCUGACUUUU